AUUCUCUCUCGUCAUUCAUUCGAUUGCUUCUCAUUUUGGAUUUUUUGCUUUGAAAGGUUGAUUCUCAUUGUGCUCAAACCUUGCUCUUCUUCAACAACCAAGUUUACGCCUGAUAGACGCAUCAUUUUCGCAAGUUCAAUCAAUUCUUUAGUUGCUGGGAACGAUCACGAUUAUAACGACAAUUACGACAAGCAUCACUCAUUAACGAUUCGAUUAUUUUCCUUUUCCCGUAGUAUUAUGCUUUUGUGGCUAGGUACAAGCUUUUUAAAUUGAGCAAUAAUGGCAUACGAUUUGAUACCUUUUCCGGAUUUAACCGGCCUCCGUACAACUGCUCACGAUCGGCAUACAUCCACUACACACGUUCAAACGCAAAAGGUCUCUUCUGUGAGCUUACAAGAGCUAAAUGUAUUAGCUGGUAGAUUGGUCCCAGAUCGCACAUAUCAAGAUGUCAUCAUCGCAAUCUCGCUCGUGAUCCUGACGCACCUCUUAUCUCCGGAGGAUGAAUGCAGUGCACAAAUCGCUGUAAAGAGUCAAGAUGAUGAUCAAAUUACACUGCAACAACUAGAUACCACUCGUCAAUCAAGGCGUACUCUGCAACUAGCACCGCUCAUUCAGCAAACAAAGCGAUUUGGUACGACAGACAACUCAACAACAACAGGCACGGAUAAUGCAAUCUUGUUCUGUAGCAAGAACCAGUCAGGCUCAGUGGAAAACCACGACUCCUUCAAAGACGCAGCAUUCAUGCUCAUUGUGGAACAUCAUGAUCAAGGCCGGAUUCUACUCCGUGCCAGAGCCUCGCCACGCAAUCACACAGUUCAAUCUGCCGACCUGCACCUGAGCCAAAUAGACGCAUUGCUAAAGAGUAUAUGCGAUGCCGGAGAUCAGGACGAUACCCCAAUCUUCUCUACGAAUCGUUUUGAUAGACGCUUUCUGGCCAGUGACAACGAAAAAGCUCAAUUGUCAUCAAAGCAAAUUAUCUCGGGUGAUGUCAAGACAGAGCGCUUCGAAUACCAAUUCGAGAAAAUGGCAGAGAAACAACCGAAUCAUGUCGCACUGGAGUUCCGGGCUAGCACAAGUUAUGCUGCUCAUGAUGCGAAGCAAGGCAACAUAUCAAUGACCUAUUCACAGGUCAAUGAAGCCGCCUCUCAAAUCGAGCAAGCGGUUCGUAGUCAUAUCAAGUUCCACAAAGAAGCAAAAGAAGGACACAAAGUCGUAGCCCUAUUCUUGGAAAAGAGCCGUUGGACUUACAUUGCUAUCCUUGCUGUUCUCAAAGCUGGCGCAGCAUGGUGUCCGAUUGAUACGGAUUGGCCUUCGGCAAGACGAAAAGCACUUUUGGCGAAAUCUGGUGCUUCAAUCGUAUUGUCAGCUGGAGAAAAAGUCAAAGCAGCUCUACUAGAAGAUCUUCCUGAAGGUAUGGAGAUGAUCGAUCUCGAAAAUUUGCGUGAUUCAAAAGCUAUUCAAGGUUCGAAUGGAACCGCACGCGGGAGCUCUUCAGAUGAUCUUGCUUACCUGAUUUGGACAAGUGGCACCACAGGUUUACCAAAGGCCGUUGGGAUCCAGCACAAAGCUGCUGUCCAAGCUUUGCGUUCUCUGCAGGAAGUCAUUCCUCAUGACGAUGAAAAAUCGAUUCGUUAUUUACAAUUUUCGGCGUACAAUUUCGAUCUGAUGAUCUUGGAUAUGUUCUACACAUGGGGCCUAGGCGGUACUCUAAUUUCCAGCACCCGAGCGACAUUAUUGACGGAUCUGAUAGGCGUUGCCAAUGCUACCCAAGCAACACAUACCCUUCUCACGCCAGCUGUGAUGGCCAUGACACCGAGAGAAUCUAUACCCUCUCUCAGUGUGGUCAUCAAUGGCGGUGAGAAGUUGAGUCAAACAGUGGCCGAUAUAUGGAGUGAAGAUUGUUGUUUGUUAAAUUUGUAUGGACCGGCAGAAGCCACUUUAAUUGCUAUGAACAGGCGUGUUCCAUCAAAAGAUGUUGUCAAAGCGCCUAAUAUUGGAAGAGCAUUACCCACAACUUCUUGCUUUGCAAUCGAUGCUGAAGAUAAUCUUGUCAUCAAGGGAGCAGUAGGUCAAUUGGCCCUCGGUGGAUUUCAAUGUGCGUUGGGCUACAUUGGCGAUGAAGCUAAGACGAAUGAAAAGUUUCAACAUCAUCCAACUUUGGGCCGAGUAUACAAAACUGGGGAUAUGGUCAGACAGCUUCAUGAUGGGGAAUUUGAAUACCUUGGCAGAGUGGAUGAUCAAGUCAAGGUCAACGGAAUCCGUAUUGAACUUCUAGAAAUUAAUGCAACCGUACGAUCAUCAGUAGAAACCAUCAAGGAUAGCGAGACACUUCUCAUUUCUGCAGAAGGAGCACAUCAAGACACAUCCGAAGCGCAAAUUGUCAAUUUUUCUGUUGUUCCAUCAAUUGAGAGAAGUGAUGCGCAGCUUAUACGUCUGGAUGAGGAAGCCAUUCAAAUAGCAUCUGCCGCUAUAAAAUUUGCCCAAUCUCAUUUGCCAACCUACAUGGUCCCUUCGCUAUUUCUGAUCGUGAAUCACUUCCCCAAAACAUCUAGUGCGAAGGUCGACCGUGAGGCACUCAAAUCAGCACUACGUGAGGUCGAUGUACUUGAUUGGCAAAACAGACUUGCAUCAUCAAAUGCUGUUGUAAGUAAGGAAACUGAGGAGCCCAGCGAAAUUCUACAAAGUGAAGAUAUUUUGAGAGAAAAGAUUGCAGCGAUCUGCUUGAUAGAUGAGAGCAAGGUGGGUCGAUACACACCAUUUCCGCAGAUGGGCUUGGACUCUAUUCGUGCAAUCACUCUGGCCAAGAAGCUUAAUGCGAUAGGUAUGCAAGUUUCAGUAGUUGAUAUAUUGAACCAUUCGACACUGGAGAAACUUGCACUUCGCAUACAGAGCAACUCGAUCAAUAGCGUAUCGCAAGAGGAUAAGGCAUGCAAAGUUCUCGAGAAUUUUGAUCAGGCUCUACGCCCAACUAUCACCUCACUAUUUGGAAAGGUACAAAUCGAGCGAAUCUUGCCUUGCACACCUUUGCAAGAAUCAUUGAUCGCAGAGACUCUGCAAGAUCCAGCAAGAUAUUGGCUACAUCGGGUCUACUCUUUACCAGAAAAGAAUGACUUUGGACGGGUACAAGAAGCUGUCAAUAAGGUCGUGUGUCAAAUAGAAGCUCUUCGAAUUGCUUUCGUCGAUAGACAUGCACUCAUCGUUAAAGAUGCAUUGCCCCGCACCAACUUUGCACAGGUUGUGCUGAAGGAUGUCAAAGUCAGGAUGCUUGAGCUGCAAAAGUCGGUAGAUGCUAACGAAGAGGUGAUCGCUAUGCAAUCAGCAAGGGUACACAAUAUAAAAAUCCUAGAUGAAACAUGUCCUACUGGAUUCACGUAUGUCAAGCAUGCAGGCAAAGUUGUCAUGCAUAUUCAUCACGCUCUUUAUGAUCAAAUUUCAUUGCAGCUUAUCGACAAGGCCUUGGACAAAGCAUGGUGUGGAGUUGCUAUUGAUGACAUUGAGCCACUCUCAAAAGCCAUUCCGAGCAUCGUUGAUCUUGACGAAAGCACGAUCGCCGAACGCAAACGAGCCUGGCAAGACCUAUUAUCGCAAUGUCCGAAAGGUGAGAUGAUCACACCACCAAAACUUUCUAUGCUUGAGAUUGAUGAUUUUGGCUCAUCAAUCGAGAGCAGGAGAUCGAUAAGCUCGAUCAAGUAUGCAAAUCUGGCGAAGAAGGCCCAAGAAUUCGGUACAUCUGCUCGACCUAUACUGCAAACUGCCCUUGCGUUCGUGCUUGGCCGUCUCUGUGACACAGAACAAAUCAUGUUAGGUGACGUUGUAUCUGGGCGCGCCAUAUCCUCACAUUUGGACAAUGUUGUUGGGCCUAUUCUGGCAACAAUGGCUGUGCCUAUCCCACUCCAUGCAGCCUCGACUUCCAGAACAAUUUGGGAUCAAGUGAGCCAGUUUCAUAUUGGAGCCUUACCUCAUGCUCACUUUUCAUUAGGGCAAAUUCGACAGAUUCUUGAUUUGCCACGCACGUCAGAGACAUUUCAUGCCGUUUUCGCUUUCGAACCUCCUGCUGACAUAGAGACAUCAGAUCAUGAGCCUGCUAUCAAAGCGAUAGGGAAUUAUGGCAUUGCGGUAGAGCAUAGCUUAGCCAUCGAAAUGGAAGUGGACCAGACUGGAAAUCUAGCAAUUGUUCUAAACACAAAGAAAGGCAUGGUGGAUACCGCUCUAGCUGAACAAUUCCUCGAUGAGCUAGAGAGUGCGAUCUUGCAGCUGGUGAAGUGUCCAGAUGCACCCCUCUCAUCGAUAGAGCUGGGCAAGGAUGGGCGCAUAGAAUCCAUCUCCCGUUUUCAAAUACCCGAAUCAAUUGUUGAAGCAAGUCAAUUGCCUUGCUAUACCCGAUUCUAUCAACAUUGUGAGACAAAUCCUGACAGUAUUGCUGUCGAAUUUCAUGAGCGUAUCGAGAGACCCCUUCAACCGUCUUUGAUGUCCUAUUCGCAACUCUUACAAAAAUCACAAAAGCUUGCACAGCUUCUAUUGGCAAACGUUCCUACCAAAUCAGUCGUAGCCGUCACUAUACCCAGAUCAUUUGAUUCUUACGUCGCCCUUUUGGCAAUUUUACAAGCGGGUUGUGUGUACUUGCCCAUCGAUGUUGCACUUCCCGAUCAGCGCAAGGAGGUUUUACUGCGGGAAAGCAAAGCAAGAUGUCUCCUUUGUCAUACAGACACGGCUUGGAUUAAGCAGACAGAUGAAAGUAAUGAAGUCCAAGUUAUACGCAUGAACAAGCUCUAUUGGCAGCAGACGCCUUGCCAAACAAAAAUGCCAAAGGUCAAUAUGCAGGAUCCAGCUUACAUCUUGUUUACUUCAGGUUCGACCGGUGUUCCAAAAGGCUGCGUACUUAGCCAUGAAAAUCUUUCGGCAGCUCUGGCGUCUUUUCGUUGCGUGUAUGACGAAUUUGCUCCAGGUUCAUUUGACAAAGAUGUUCGAUUUCUGGCCAGAAGUAUUGAAUCGUUUGAUGUGGCUUUAUUGGAAACACUCUUACCUUUGCAAUCAGGCGCAACGAUCGUUACCGCCCCUCGGCAUGUGAUCUUAUCUGAUUUGGGCAAGGCUAUGCAAAAUUUUGAAGUGACACAUGCGGCUGUCGUUCCCUCUCUCUUCUAUAUAGAAGGACGCAGGGUUCUGCCGUCAGAUCUACCAAAUCUCCGCGCCUUGAUUGUGGGAGGAGAGAGGUUACCGAAAGAUAUUCUGACAAACUGGUCUUCUUCCUCCGUGCCACUUCUCAAUGCUUAUGGGCCUACAGAGGCAUGUAUUGGCACAUCUAUCGCUAAAGUCCGGCCAAAUCUUUCUACGGGAAAUGUCGGCAAACCGUUUGGAAGUACGCAGUACGUAGUUCUCAAAAAGCGUUCAGAAGGACUGGAUUGGUCCGUUGCAAUGAGAGGCGAACCGGGCGAGCUUUGCAUUGCUGGUUUACAAGUAGGUCAAUACUUGAGUCAAAUUGUAUCGAACGCUUUUAUAGAAUGGCGAGAGCAUCGCUUGUAUCGGACAGGAGAUGAAGUAUUCAUGUGGCCUGACGAUUCGAUCGAAUACAUUGGUAGGAUUCAUGGUGAUACUCAAGUAAAAGUACGUGGAGUACGGAUUGAACUUGGAGAAAUUGAUCAUGUCAUUAGCCAAAAAGAGAAAGAUAUCCGCACAAUCACGCGCUACCUUUCUCAUUCAAAUCACAAACACCAAAUUGUCAUGUUUGCCGCCUUGUCAACGUCGAGCACUCGGUCUGAUGAGAUGCGACAACUAGAUUCGAAAGAUGGUCUUACAAUUAAGAACAGGCUCAUCAAGCGAUGCAGAGAUAGUUUGCCGUCCUAUAUGGUACCUUCUACUGUUGUGACACUAAAUUACAUACCGCUAGCUGCAAUCUCGGGCAAAUUUGACGUGAAAAGGUUGACUGCGUGGUACAAUUCACAGGGUGAUAUCGACCAGGUGUACUCGGAAGACACGCAAAGUGACAAUGAAUCACUCUCGCGAGAUUUGACAGAUGUUGAGCAAAUUGUCAAGAGUCAGCUAACUCGCAUGUUUGACGUGGGGCAAAGUAAGUUGAAGCUGUCAACGGAUUUAUUCGCUCUCGGUCUCGAUAGUCUUAACAUCAUUGCAUUGUGCGGCGCAUUACAUCGUUCAGACCUCCAAAUUGAUAUCAGUGAUGCUAUCGCCAAUCCUUCUGUGCAAGGUAUUGCAAAGCAUUGUAAGAUAUCGCUGAAGAGGCAUGAAUCUGAGAGGAUGGCUAAUUCAAGCCGUUGGGAGCAUUUGACUGUCGCUGCGCGAAAAGCCGUGGGCAAGGAUGUGAACGUAGAGUAUGCGCUUCCCUGCUUACCACUACAAGCUUCCAUGGUGUCGCAAACACUUUUGGAAUUUCAGCAAUGGCAAGAGACGCCGAACGAAAAUUUCCGUCCGCGAUACGUAAAUGUUUCACGAUUCAAAGCAUCGAGCGUUCAAGUCGGCUCAGCUAAGAAAGUCAAGGAGGCUUUCCAAAGUAUUCUCUCGAGACAUUCGAUCUAUCGCACAGCUUUCGUAGAAGCUGAUGAUCAGAUUGUGCAAGCUGUCUUGGACGCGAGUGACCUGAAUGAGGUAAAUAUCAAGGAAGACGAAGAGUGGGAAGAGGCUGCGGUCAGGAGCCUAGCAGAAAAUAUGCAUUGUUGCUCGCCACUGAGAUAUCGGAUAAUCCAAGAAAGUCAAUCACAGGACAUAUAUUUGGAUUUCGUGAUCCAUCAUGCUCUCUAUGAUGGUGUAUCUCUCAACGCACUUUUUGAAGAGCUGAGCCUCUAUCUCGCAUCGGUUGAGGGCGCUAUAAGAGUCAACAGCACAAACUUUGCUGGCAUUCUGGAAGAUGUCGAAGAGGUCAAGAUGGAGGACCGUUUGCAAUAUUGGCAAAGUGCUUUACAUGGUUGCAGUACCAACUUCUUCCCUUGCUUGACCGGCUAUCAAAUCAACCAGCAGCAGCAAGAAUUUGACCAAGUUCGAUCAAGACUAAAGACGCCCCUAAGCAAUAUACAACUUCAAGCUAAAGAAAAGAAAGCAACGGUUGCAAUGCUGAUCUUACAUGCCUUUGCUGAGCUAUACUCAAAAUAUGUUGGAGAGUCAGAUGUGACUAUUGGCCUCGUGUUGAAUGGACGGUCCAGUGAAACCGAAAUCGUUCAUGGGCCAUGCGUCAAUACUGUCCCAUUCCGAUACAAACAUGAGAAAGAGGAUGAUGCGAUUCAGCAGGUACGACACUCUUACGCUCAAGCAUUGCAAUAUCAGCAUGUUUCCCUUGCAGAUCUUGCUCGUCACUUCGAGGCACCAAAUGGGCUUUUCAACACUCUGUUCUCCUUCUCUGGCACAAUAGCGGAAAAGGAACAAAAGGCUUUCGAAGAGAUUCAUUCCAACAUGCUCACGGAAUAUCCCUUUGCGAUUGAGGUAGCCUUGGAUUUAGAACGGGAUGAAGUCGAGGUCUUGAUAGCGUUCAAUACUACUUUCAUCCCUCAUCGGCAAGUUGAGCUGUUCAUUGCGCAGUUGGACUCAGUCUUGAAUCGUGGGAAACAAAUCGGGGGCAAUGUAGACCUAGCAACAGAAGAAUUGUCCAUUCAAAAUCUAGAUGCGGACAAGGUCACAUUCAAACAUUUUGUUGAUAUGUUCUCGGAGCAAGUCGAUCUUCGACCGCAAGAAGUAGCAUUUGCAUUCACGGAGAAAUUGGAGGAUCUCGCUCAGACCUGCACAUAUGACGAGCUAAACAAAGUAAGUGAUAUCAUCGCUUCUAACUUAAAUGCAUUUCCAGGUGACAUUGUUGGUGUUCAUAUGUCACAAUGUGCAGAAGUUUAUUCGCUGCUUGUGGGUAUAUGGAAAGCUGGUAAAACAUACUUGCCAUUGGAUCCGAAGCUACCCGCAGAUAGGUUGGACUACAUCGUUUCGGUCACAAAGCCAAGUACCGUGGUAGUGUUAGAUAAAAGCACCGUUCAUUCCCUGUUCAAGUCGUCAAGUAUCAUUCCCUAUUCUGAAGCCUGCUCCAAAGCAUUCAAUCACCAGGGCAACGCAUUGAAGCCUAGAGCUCUUGAUGAUCUGGCUUACAUCAUGUUUACAUCAGGCUCUAGUGGCAAACCGAAAGGUGUAGAAAUCUCGCAUCGUGCAUUGGCUGCUGCUUUGAGAUCAUGGAAGGAAAUCUUACCACAUACACUAGGCAAAUCACGUAUGCUCCAAUUAGCAUCGCCUGGCUUUGAUGUGUUCUUGAUAGAGGUGUGUAUGCCCUUAGCAUUGGGCUUCUCUUUUGCUUCAGCACCAAAAGAAAUCCUUCUUGAUGAUCUUGAGAAAACUUUCCAUCGAUUACAGCUUACAAUGGCAGAUCUGCCAGCAGCUUUGGCCACCACAGUUCAUCCAUCGAAUUUGCCCAAAUUGGAAUGGCUUAUGAGUGGAGGCGAACAGAUGGAUCAACGAGUGAUUGAUGCCUGGAGUACGACAGGUUUGAUUAAUGCAUGGGGUCCUACGGAAGCAACGAUUGGAAAUACGUUGGGCUUCGUCGAGCAAGGUAGAAAUAGAAAUUGGAUCGGUUAUGCUUAUCCGACAAGUUCACUGUAUAUCCUACAGCCCGAUUCCCAAGCAAUUCUUCCACGUGGCUGUAUCGGUGAAAUUGCAGUCGGAGGUCCUCAACUAGCCAAUGGAUAUUACGGCAAUCCGACGUUGACUGCGGAGAAGUUUAUCGAUGUGCUCAUUCCAGGGCAAAGAGAAGGCAAAGUACGGCUUUACCGCACCGGAGACCGAGGCAGAAUUUUGAGCGAUGGCAGUAUUGAAUGUCAUGGACGCAUAGAAGGUGACGGUCAAGUGAAGAUCAAUUCGCAAAGAGUAGAGUUGGAAGAGAUAGAAGUUGCAUUAAAGCGGCAAAAAGGAAUCACAAAUGCAAGCGUUUUGUAUUUGGAACAUCCUAAAAUCCGGUCUCAUCAGUUGGUAGCGUUUUUGACUGCUAAUACUGGAUUGUUGAAUGGAAGUCAAGAUUUCUCUGAUCAGAUUGUUCUGUUGAAGAAUGAAAGACAGUCGGCUGAGCUUUCACAACAGUGUUUGACAAGUCUGUCACAAAGCUUGCCUGCUUACAUGGUACCGCAACAUUGCUUUAUUCUUGCUUCAGCGUCAUUGCCCUUGACACCAAAUAAUAAAGUCGAUACUCGAAGACUGAAGGCUUUCUAUGCGACACUAGAACCAAAUUCUUUUGGACAUGCAGCUAGCAACACACAAUCUACAGUGGCUGAAAAGCCAAUGACAAAGACCGAGGCACGAUUGCGAAGCCUGAUCGCAGAAUUUGCUGGUGUGAGCGAGUCAGAAAUCGGACGUCAAACAUCACUUUAUCGUUUCGGAAUAGAUAGUAUUUCGGGACUUCGCUUGGCACGAUUUUUGCGUGAUCGCGGUGUGAAAGGCAUCCGGGCUCAAGUAAUUUUUGCAUCUCCCACGGUUGCUUCAAUUGCAGCAAGUAUUGAAAAAAGUCAUAUGACAAACAGUGAAAUGAAAGAUGAUGUCAGAGUGACGCUGCCAGACGAGCUGCAGAAACGAUUAGGUCAAGAUGGCAAUUUUGAAGCUUUCCCGUGUACUCCGCUGCAAAACGGUAUGUUGUUGGAAUCUCUCGUCAAAGAAGGUUCGCUUUACCUCCUUCAUCAAGCAUUCCGAUUUGAGUCAGAGCUUUCAGAGCGGGUUCAAAAUGCUGUGGCAGUGUUGCACAAGCACCACGAAGUGCUGCGGUCAUCAUUCCAUUUGGUAGAUGGACAAUUUGUUCAGAUAAUUCGUCAAGAUGCAGCAAUGCACAUAGAUCUCGUUGAAAAGGAACAACAUGUGUCAGAACAAAACAGCAUACGACGCAUCCAAAAGCAACAUCGAAUAAUGUUGGCAGAGGAGCAUGGUCUGGAAAGCGGUCCCUUCCUCGUUUCCAUCAUCAAGGGAGAGAAAGACUCACAUUUGAUUCUGACCUUGCAUCAUGCAUUGUAUGAUGGAGAAUCGUUGGGAAUGUUGAUAAGGGAUUUGAAACAAUUGGUGGGAAGUCGAAUGAUUCAUAAAGUAGGACCUCAAUACCGUGACAUUUUGCCGACUCUCUUACCCUCGCCUCAAGCUGCUGACUUUUGGGUGCAAAGGCUACUGAACAGGCAAGAUUCGCUUUUCCCUAAGUCUGCUUCACGCAGUCUAGACUCGCACAGUAUAUCAAGUGAUAUGAGUAUACAGCCGAAAUAUUUGGCACGAUUUGCAAGAGACAUCAGUGUCUCGGUUCAUACCAUUGCACUCUACUCGUACGCAAAAUUAUUAGCAAAGCUCACUGGUCAACUCUGUGUCACAUUUGCUGAAAUAUUCAGUUUGCGGAACAACACAGAACUGGAAGGGUCAGACAAGAUUUUCGGACCAUGUUUCAACACGAUUUUGACAUCAAUACAAAUUCGAGAGGAUGAAUUAAAUAUUGACGCAUUGCAGCGGCUGCAGAGUGAGGUUGAUCAAGGACGAGAGUAUCGUAAUGCUUCUUUGGCUGAUAUACAACGUGGCUUGAUCAGGAGCAGAGGGAACCCCUGCAAGAUUGAUGCUUUAUUCAACAUGCAAGUAUUGAUAGAUCAGCCGAUCAUUCAGGAUAACAACCUCAUCUUGCUUCAGGAUCUUGAGGAUAACGAUUUCGAUGCUGGACAGUAUGCUUUGAAUGUCGAAUUCGUUCAACAAGGAGACAGGUUCUCCUUAGUUGUCAAAGCGCAUAAGGAGUGCUUCAGCAAGUUGCAGCUAUCAGAGACUGCCAAGGAUUUCGAGAGUAUUUUAGAAUUCAUUAUGCAGAAUGCAGAUGCGAUAUCUACUGAAAUGCCCAGUCAUUUCAACUCUCUCGCGGGACUGCGCUCUGGAUUGAUCGAAAUUAACACGAAGCAAAGUCCUAUAUUGGACGGCAAGCAAAUUUCUCUGGAGAGGGUUGGCAAAUCGCCCAUACAGACUCUGAUGUUUGAUACGAUCGGUGCGGUCUUACAGAUCAACGCCGCCUCUAUCUCUUCGCAGACUAUCCUUUCAGGCAUUGGAUUGGAUUCGAUUGCGUCGAUGCACCUUGCUACUCGUUUGAGAAAGAAGGGUAUUAAAAUUGGCGUCGCAGAUAUCAAUCAAGGCAGAACAGUCGAUGGCAUCAUGGCAAAGAUGCAAUCACGGGAAGAUGGGUCAGAAAAGGCCACAUCGAACGGAGAGUUGCAAAAGAUGGGAGAAGAGAAAUCCCGUAUCGCUUCAAUCGCUGAACAAACAGGUCAAAGUGCUAAAGAUAUCGAAGCAUCUUUGCCAAUCUUACCCGGUCAAUUCUUCGAACUGAUCCAAGGCGGUGAGACUGGUUUAUACAUAUUUGCUUACCAGUAUAGAAAUGGUGCUAAGCUUAGCCUUGAGCGACUACAGAAAGCUUGGUAUGAAUUACAAAAUCGACAUUCGAUUCUACGAACGUCAUUCUUUGCCGAAGAUGACAGCGCAAUCAAAUGGGAUCAAAUUGUCUCAAACCCUGAUUCGACUUCGCCGAGCAAGAUCGAUACCCACACCAUCCAAAAGCCGUUCAUGAAGGCAAUCAAAGAGAAUGGUCUAAAUUGCUUUACUGCAGACUUUCGAGUUCCUCUUCAACCUGGACUGUGUCCCGCAGGAUUGAGUUUAGUUCACAGCCCCGAAGGCGACGUGCUUCUGCUACGAUUACAUCACGCCCUUUACGAUGCUUGGUCACUUCCAAUAUUGAUGGAAGACCUUGGCAGACUCUACGACGAGGGAACGUUAAAUGAUGUGCCGGAUUAUACAGCAUAUGUUCGACACGUUACGCAACAACGCAGGAAGCUUGUCGGUGCGGCGCAAGAUUAUUGGAAAAAGCUUUUGAAUGGUCAACCGGUAGCCAGAAUACCUUCUCGUUCAGUCGGUGAUGGUAAAUCAUUCAUGUUUAUACAGAAUGCAGUGACGAAUGUCCGUAGAAGGGAGAAAAGACUGAACGGUAGUUAUGGCGGACUACCAGCACUGAUCAUGGCAUCUUGGGCAACAAUGUUGACUUUCAUUUGCGAACCUUCAAACGCAAAGACAUCUACAUUUGGACUUUAUCUGACUGGAAGAAAUGAGUCAUUCGACGGUAUCGAAAGGAUGACGGGCAAUCUUACGAAUAUUGUGCCAGUGGUCGCAUCAAUGGAAGAGACAAAUCGUUGUUUGUACGAUACGUCAAAGAGUGUCUUGUUGCGCUUGGCGAAUCAGAUCAAAACUCAAUUGGAUGAACAUAGUCAUUUGGACAGUUUCACUUCGAUCAAAGAUGUUUUGGAUUGGACUGAAAAUGACGUGAUUCCUUGGAAUAGUACUUUGAAUUUGUUGUGGCAUCAAGGUGACCGUUCAUUGAACCAAAAAGAAGAAGAAUCGGCUUUCACAAUGAUUGAAGAUCUUUUGACUAGACCAUAUGAAAAGACGGAUAGCAAGUUUGAAAGAUCUAGCGGAUCCAUUGACGCAUACGCUAAUGUGCAAAUCGAUAUUCAAUCCGAUCCAAAGUCGGAUGCAUUACAUCUUGGUAUCAAAUGGGAUAAUGCUUUAUGGUCUUCUUCUCAAGUUGACAAGAUUAUGCAUGACUUUUGUCAACUUAUCCGACUAGGAAGUGAGGAGUCAGGAUAGGCUGGUUUUUAUAAUAAAGUUACAAACUAUCGAAAGUGAACACAUGUAUCAUAGUGCAUUAUAUGCAAUCUGCACAUAGAUUAAAAAAC